AAUUUUUUCAGCAAUUUGAAGGUAAUGCUGAAAACCUUGAAGACGCCAAAAAGUUCCUCUAUUACAUGACACAACUUCCAAACCAUGAAUUUCGAACUGAGGCUCUUUUUCUGAAGGCUGAUUUUAACGCACAACUCAACGUAAUAAGUACACAGUCUGAUUUUUUCUUAAAGACAUGAGAUCUUAUAUGUGAGGAUCAGUCACUGAAGAUUUUUCUCCGAUACGUUUUACACACAGGAAAUUUCUUGAACAAAGGAAGUGCAUUUGAAAAUGCACGAGGAAUUCGUAUAAGUUCUCUCAAGUCCCUUAUGAACACCAAGUCGAGUACAAAUAUCCCCAAAAUGACUUUCCUCCAUUACUUGGUGGAGACAUCGGAACAAAGGAACCAGGGUGCUCUGGAAUUUGUAAAAACCUUGCAGGAACCUUUAGAGAACGCUUCAAGGUUUCUGAUGAAUGGUGUAAUUGAUGAAUUUAAUCAGCUCAGAGGAAUGAUUAAGAGACUUAAACAAAACUGUGAACAAACCGAUGAUGAAGUGAAAACACAGUAUACCGAUUUCUUAGAGAAAGCUGAUGCUCAAAUGGAUGAGGCAGAUGACAUUAAAGAGAGAAUGCGUGAACAGUCUACUCGUCUAGCUCAAUACUUUUGCGAAAAUGAAAUGAACUUCAACCCGGACGAAUUUUUAGAUGCUUUUAAGCACUUUUGCGAGAACAUUAGAACCUGUCAACUGGUGUAAAACACAUAUGUUUACGGUUAUGAUUUAAU